AUGGGCCAGAGUAAAGGUGAAAAAUCAGUUGAAAAUGGGGGAAAGUUAGUUAAAAAUCGAAAUGGCAAACCUGCCACCGAUAUGCAUAUUUUAACUCAUGCCCAAACAAAAGAAAUUAAUGAAACGACUAAUCCCAACGCCCCCGACAUUAGUAUAAUCGAGAUAUCUGAUCAAAACAACGUUGGCGCGGAAAAUCUAAAUAACGCUGGAACCGAUAAUGUUUCAGAAGAAAUUGCGG